UGUGGGAAACGCAGCAGUCCGGGUGGAGGGGCGAGGCUUCCCCCUUCCCCGCCCCUCCUCCGCCCUCCAUUCCCUCCCUGGGACGGCUGCGCGGAGCGGCGGGGAGGGCGCCGGCGGCGGCUGUACUUUCCAGGCUGAAGCUGGAGCAGGGCUGUGGCGGUGUCUAUCGAACCCUAGGGACCGGUUGACUGAGGAAAAGAGGGAGGGAAUCCCGCGCUGCCGAGCUGCGCCGCCUGGGAAGCCCUUCGAUUCCUUGCGCGCCAAGCCGAGCCCCGGGCGAGUGGGGCGGGGGUCCCCCGAGACCGCCAGCGGCCCCUCGGCGCAGAAGGGACCACGCGGGGCGCGCCCCCCGAAGGCUGCCCCCGGGCCCGUGGCCCCGACUUGGCCCUGCGCGGCGGGCGUGGGGCAGUUCAGAGGGAGGAAGCAAGAGAGGGGCCGCCCUCCCCUCGGAGUUAGAAGCGCCUUCCCGGGUCCAGAAUGCCCAAGAAGAAGCCGACGCCCAUCCAGCUGAACCCGGCCCCCGACGGCUCCGCGGUUAACGGGACCAGCUCGGCGGAGACCAACCUGGAGGCCUUGCAGAAGAAGCUGGAGGAGCUGGAGCUCGAUGAGCAGCAACGGAAGCGCCUGGAGGCCUUUCUUACCCAGAAGCAGAAGGUCGGGGAAUUGAAGGAUGACGACUUCGAGAAGAUCAGCGAGCUGGGCGCCGGCAACGGUGGUGUGGUGUUCAAGGUCUCCCAUAAGCCAUCUGGCCUGGUCAUGGCCAGAAAGCUAAUUCACCUGGAGAUCAAACCUGCAAUCCGGAACCAGAUCAUAAGGGAGCUGCAGGUUCUACAUGAGUGCAACUCCCCAUACAUCGUGGGCUUCUAUGGCGCGUUCUACAGCGACGGCGAGAUCAGUAUCUGUAUGGAGCACAUGGAUGGGGGUUCCUUGGAUCAAGUCCUGAAGAAAGCUGGAAGAAUCCCUGAACAAAUUUUAGGAAAAGUUAGCAUUGCUGUAAUAAAAGGUCUGACAUACCUGAGGGAGAAGCACAAGAUUAUGCACAGAGAUGUCAAGCCUUCCAACAUCCUAGUGAACUCUCGUGGGGAGAUCAAGCUCUGUGACUUUGGGGUCAGCGGGCAGCUCAUUGACUCCAUGGCCAACUCCUUCGUGGGCACAAGGUCCUACAUGUCGCCAGAAAGACUCCAGGGGACUCAUUACUCCGUGCAGUCGGACAUCUGGAGCAUGGGGCUAUCUCUGGUUGAGAUGGCAGUCGGGAGGUAUCCCAUCCCUCCUCCCGAUGCCAAGGAGCUGGAGCUGAUGUUUGGGUGCCAAGUGGAGGGAGAUGCGGCUGAGACGCCACCCAGGCCGAGGACCCCUGGAAGGCCCCUCAGCUCGUAUGGAAUGGACAGCCGACCUCCCAUGGCAAUUUUUGAGUUGUUGGAUUACAUAGUCAACGAGCCUCCUCCAAAGCUGCCCAGUGGAGUAUUCAGUCUGGAAUUUCAAGAUUUUGUGAAUAAAUGCCUCAUAAAAAACCCAGCAGAGAGAGCAGAUCUGAAACAACUCAUGGUUCAUGCCUUUAUCAAGAGAUCUGAUGGUGAGGAAGUGGAUUUUGCAGGUUGGCUCUGCUCCACCAUCGGCCUUAACCAGCCCAGUACACCGACCCACGCGGCUGGCGUCUAAGUAUCUGGGAAGCAGCAAAGAGCGAGUCCCCUGCCCAGUGGUGUGCCAUUGUCGCUUUCAGGCCUCUUUGCCAUGCCUGUCUCCGUUCAGACGUGCAUUUCGCCUACGACAAAGGAUGAAGAACACAGCAUGUGCCAAAAUUCUAUUUGUGUCUUUUUUAAUAUUACUGUCAUUUAUUCUGUUAUUUCCCUAAGUGGAUUGGCUUUGUGCUUGGGGCUAUUUUUGUGUAUGUUGAUCCAAACAUGCGCAACGUUCAGUUACAGUGAAACCUUGGUGACUGUGGGUAGUCAUUCUUACUGAAAAUUGCACUGCUCUUCCCCCACCGUGACUGGCUAGCUGCCUGUAGUUUUGGGAUUCUUUUGACACUUGGUGGUACUGCAUUCUUGCCGGGCGCACCUUCCUUCUGUUGGGGUAGGAGCCUUGUAAGAUCCUUCACAGGCACUGCAUGUGAAGCAUGCUUUGCUGCUAUGAAAAAGAACAUCAGAAAGUAUAGAUCUUGUUAUUUUAUUAUAUUUUUGCUUUUGGUGUAGAAUGAAGCAAUUUCUGUCAAAAUCUAGCCAGAGCCCUUCACUGCCACGAUAGCUGGGGCUUCACCAGUCUGUCUACUGUGAUGAUUUGUAGACUUCUGGUUGUAUUUCUAUAUUUAUUUUAAAAUAUAUUAUGUGGGAUAUUUAGUGGUAUGUGUCUCUUUAAGUUUGAAUUAGUGUUUCUAAAAUGAUGGUUACUUUGAAUGUUACAAAUGGAUCAAGGCAUUAAAAUGUAUGAGAUUUAUCUUUCCCCAAAUCCAAGUACCGAUGCUAUUGUAAACAAGUGUGUAUAGUGCCUAAGAAUUGUAUGAAAAUCCUUUUAACCAUUUCAACCCAGAUGUUUAACAAAUCUAAUCUCUUAUUCUAAUAAAUAUACUAUCAAGUUAAAAGGA